GAGAGAGAGAGAGAGAGAGAACUUAACCAUAGUUAGAUGCUGAGUUGGCAUUUUCAGUGUUUAUUCAUCAAUAGAUUGUAGGAAUUAAAUGACCAAAUUAAGUUUUAUGAAAAGUGAGAUGUUGAUGUGAUAAAUGAAUUUAAAACAAUAUAUUAACAGUGUUGUAAUAAUCCAUAAAAACAAAGAGUUGAGACAUUUCAAGAAAGGGUAAUAGAGCCAAGGAUUACAAGAGCUUCUAGCCAUGGUCCCCUUCUUAAUGCAACAUGCAUAAAUGGGUGUCUUAGAAUAUGCCAACAUUGUCAUGGCCACCACUUCAACCCUCCAUGUCACCCAUCUUGGUACCAUUUGUGUCAUUGUGUGCAAAAAUAUAUAAUAUAUAAACGUUUUCGAUGAGAUCAGAUACAUUUAAUACUGAUUCGGUCAUCAUACAUGCCAUGUUUCCUAUCGACUCUAUUUAUGUGGAAACACAUUUAGUUGUUAAGCUCUACUUAAGGAGUCUUGGCCUAUUAGUACCCACAUGAUAACACAUAUCACAUCCUCCAUGUUAUACACGAUCUUGACCUACAUAUAGCUUUCUUUAAUUAAGAGUGAAUAAUAUCAAUUCAAAUAUCAUUUAAUAUAAAAUACUUAGAUAGACUAAUAGACAUGUUUGGAUCAUAUGAAUAACCACAUAGAACUCAUGUGUCAUAGACUAUUCAUAUGUACGAAAGUAUAUGUCUCAAUUAGGCCAUGGUCAUGUCAAAAUAUUUGCAUGUAUUCACACUUCAAAUCAAACUCCAACCAUUUAAUUCCACUUGUCAAAUCUUAAAUUAAAGAUUAAUUAUUUUAAUAUCACUAACCCUUUUUGGGUUCACUUGAAAGAGAUUGGGUGGAUGAUAAAGAACCUAAAAAGAAGUAAAUUUUAAAGAUUAUCCUUACAAAACCUACUAACAGAAAGGUGAAUUCAUAUACAUAUAGUUAAAGAUACAACCUCACAAAGGGGGAAAAGAAACUAUAUAUAAUAGAACCACAAAGUGACAUUUAACAUUAUCUCUAAAAUAAAAACUCUUGGGCAAAAGUUUUUUGGCGGUUGAAAAACAAAUUUUAUAUUCCAUUUAUUUCAUAAAAAGAAACUAUAACUUGCAAUUGAUAUAUUUAAUAUUAUUAAAUAAUAAAACGGGAAAUGUCACACUAUUUCAACCGAAAUUUUACCAUUGAACUAAAAACCAUUUUUGCUAUAUAUUUUCAAUUAUUUGAUAGAAAUUGGGCAUUUUAAAUAAAUAUUGCUUCCUCAAUUCAAGAUAAGAUAUCACAACUUUCGUGGCAAUUUAUAAGCUCUUAAAAACAACCAUUUGCAACCACAAAAGGAUGCCCAUUUCAUCCUGACAUCUCUUAGAUACUAACAAGGAGAACCAUAAAUUAAAGUUGCAAGUUUCACAAACACAACAAAUGCCCAUCAAAUCAAAAAAAAAAAAAAAAAAAGCCGAGAAGGGAUCGUUAUCCUAUUCUAUUGUGACUAAUUUUUUCUUGGAUUUCUAAAUCUUAAUUUUUACAAAAUUUAGAAUGAAUAGGGUAAAUUUGAUGAAUAAUCCUUAAUCAUCUGUCUAUGAAUGUUAUUUAUUUUUCUUUAAUUGGCUUAUAGAUCAUAUACAAAACAAAAUCUGGAUACAGGAUUCCCUCUUGUUAGAAGACAUGGUAUCAUCAUCUUACUCCAUUGUUCAUAAAAAUGGAUCAUGAAGAACAAAAAAAAAGGACCCUUUAACUUCAGUUAUUUGACGUGUCAUUCUCUUAUAUUCGUUAUUUUAUAUGUCCCGUUGGAUAAAGAAAGUGGCAUACGACAAUAUAGUUUACACGGGUUACUCACUAAUAUACAUAUCUGUCUAUAAAGGGGAUGAAAGGAUAUGGGUAGGCCCCACCUCUCUCUCUCUCUCUCUCUCUCUCUCUCUCUCUCUCUCUCUCUCUCUCUCUCUCUCUCUCUCUCUCUCUCUCUCUCUCUCUCUCUCUCUCUCUCUCUCUCUCUCUCUCUCUCUCUCUCUCUCUCUCUCUCUCUCGUGUGUGUGUGUUCAAGAAAAUUAACAAUUCUUUCCAGCCGCUUUUCGAUGGCAUCUCUCUCUUUCAAAUUGGUAGGGUCGACUCGUUUAUGUAUAUAUACCCAACACCCAUGGCUUCAAGACUCCAUCAAUUCCUAAAGCUUCUCUUUCUUUCUUUACCUAAGAAAACAAAACACAAAGUAUUACUAGUAGUACUUGCUUUGCCACCAACUAACCAAAACCCCUCUCUUUCCUCCUUUUUGUUUGUAUUCUUGUUUUUGGUUUUGUGAUUGUGUUUUUCUGUUUGCACACUCUCUCUAUCUAAUAACUUUUGUAUUAUAUAUAUAGUUUCUUCUUCUUUUUUUUUUUUUUUUUUAACUUAAUUGUUUAGUUCCCUCUUUCCCUAACACCAAGAAUUUUGAGCCAUGUGUAAUCCAACACCAUCUUCCCCUUCCAAUUUUGUCAUUUCCAAGAACACCCAUUUCAACAAUCAUCAUAACAAUGACCCCCCAAAAUCUACUGAUCAUGAUGAUCAUCUUCAUUCAUGGCCAACCCCUUCCGAGGCAUUGGAGGAAAUCAAAGCCAUUGGGAAGAUUUCAGGACCCACAGCCAUGACUGGUUUACUACUAUACUCAAGAGCUAUGAUCUCCAUGCUGUUUCUUGGCUAUCUUGGUGAGCUUGAGCUCGCCGGAGGUUCACUCUCCAUUGGAUUCGCGAACAUCACUGGUUACUCCGUCAUCUCAGGUCUAGCCAUGGGUAUGGAGCCCAUUUGUGGUCAAGCAUAUGGUGCGAAACAGAUGAAACUCUUGGGAAUAACGCUACAAAGAACAGUGCUUCUACUUUUGUCAACUUCUCUCCCAAUCUCUUUCAUGUGGUUCAACAUGAAGAAUAUCUUGUUAUGGUGUGGACAAGAUGAAGAGAUUUCAUCCGCAGCUCACACUUUCAUCAUCUUCGCAAUUCCAGACCUUUUCUUACUCUCUCUUCUUCACCCUCUUCGUGUUUAUCUCCGAGCUCAGAACAUCAUUCUACCAUUAACCUACUGUUCAGCUGUUUCAGUCCUUCUGCAUGUCCCACUCAACUUCCUUCUCGUUGGGUAUUUCAAGAUGGGGAUUUCUGGGGUGGCGAUCGCGAUGGUUCUCACAAAUCUCAACUUGUUGUUCCUUCUGAUCACGUUUGUUUACUUCUCCGGUGUUUACAGAGACUCAUGGGUGGCACCAAGCUCCGACUGCCUUCGUGGGUGGUCUUCUUUGUUAGCUUUAGCGAUUCCAACAUGUGUUUCCGUUUGUCUCGAAUGGUGGUGGUAUGAACUUAUGAUAAUGAUGUGUGGAUUACUCGUAAACCCUAAAGCAACCGUUGCUUCAAUGGGGAUUCUCAUCCAAACUACAUCAUUGGUUUACGUUUUCCCAUCCGCAUUGAGCCUCGGUGUGUCAACGAGAGUUGGAAACGAGCUUGGGGCAAACCGACCAGCUAAGGCACGGAUUUCGAUGAUUGUUUCACUUUUCUGCGCUAUGGUUUUAGGACUUAUGGCAAUGGCGUUCACGACAUUGAUGAGGCACAAAUGGGGUCGGUUUUUCACUAACGAUUCAGAGAUUCUUGAACUAACUUCGAUCGCAUUACCAAUAAUCGGACUAUGUGAGCUUGGAAACUGCCCUCAAACAACUGGUUGUGGGGUGUUGAGAGGAAGUGCAAGGCCCACCAUUGGAGCGAACAUAAAUUUGGGAUCAUUUUACUUGGUGGGAAUGCCGGUGGCGAUCAUCAUGGGGUUCGUUUUGAAAAUGGGGUUCCCCGGACUUUGGUUAGGGUUGCUUGCAGCUCAGGGAACAUGUGCCUUGCUCAUGCUUUAUGUUCUUUGUAAAACAGAUUGGAUUCUUCAAGUGGAAAGAGCUAAAGAGUUAACAAAAUCACCAUCAUCUUCGUCUUCUAAACCUUCAAGAACUGCUAAUCCGGUGUUACCAGUAUCAAACAAGAAUCUGCAGCCCAAGAACUCCACGGAAGCUAAUCUUGAAGAAAUCAUGGUAUCUGAAACGAUGAAGAAGCAGGAUAAUUCUCGUUCGCUUGAAACAGAUCCACUCAUUAUGCAUUAAUGACUCGACUUCAUUUUCUUAUUCUUUUUCUUCAUCAUCUGAUGAUUGUACUUGACACCAUUUAGCCAGUAGAUGUUCUUAAUAGUCUGCAAAUCUUUUUCUCUCUCUUAGCCUUGGCUGUAUAUUGUUCUUGAUUCUGAUGCUUUUUUUGCCCUAAAAAGAUCAUGCAGUUGUAAUUGCUGAGCUAUGCAUAAAAGAAUAGAAUAAAAAUAACAUUUACAAAAAGCAUUAGUUCAUUGAUCCAUUACCUUCUGGCAUUGAUUCAGCGAUGUAAUUAGAUUAAAUUGAUUCUCAUUUUUGUAACUUACUUGUACAUGUUAUUUAUUCGAUGUACAUGAUAUUAAUAAUUUGAAAGGUCGUGAUUUAAUGAACAACUUAAUCAUGCAUACACAAA